AUGUCCAGUUUUGUUGAAGUUGCGACUCAGUUCGCUGAAUACUACUACAACACCUUCGACUCUGAUCGCAGUGGCCUGGCUCCUCUCUACAGGGAGAGCUCAUUCAUGACUUUCGAGACGAACCAACACCAGGGCGUUAAGCCUAUCAUUGAGAAGCUUACAUCACUACCUUUUGCGAAGGUCGCCCACAGGAUUACCACUCUUGAUGCCCAGCCUGCUGGAGCUAGUGGAUCCAUCAUUGUUCUUGUAACCGGCGAGCUCUUGAUCGAUGACAGCGAACACCCCCAGCGAUAUUCUCAGUCUUUCCACCUCGUCCCAGAGGCAGGGUCCUACUAUGUACUCAACGAUAUCUUCAGGCUCGUUUACGCCUGA